GCUGCCCGAGCCACGAGGCUGCCUGUCACCACCGCCGCUGCCAAAAGGGGAAGGAAGAGCCACCGCAGCCCCUUCCCACGCCCUUACUCAUGGCCACCCUCACAUAGGCAGGCACUGCAGGGAGACCCCCGUGGGAAACUGGUCUGGGACCCCGGCUGGGGCCGGACGCCUGCCUGGAUCCCCGCCGGCGGGGACACAGCAGCCCUGCCCGGGGCAGAGGCUGACGGAACGUGGCAGCACCUCUGCGAGGGUGCAGGUCUCCAGCCGGGAGGUGCCGGCCGGGCCAGCAGCAAGGUUUGGGGGGACUGGAUGGAGCCAGGGAUCCCCAGAGCUGGGCCCAGACCCUCCCCAGCUCUGUUCCCCCAGCGCAGGUGAGCAGGGUGGGAGCCAGCCAGGGAGGGAGCACGGCACUAAGCCGGCCAGGGGGGAGGUCCGACAUCCGCAGCCAUGGGGUGCACCGGGGUGGCAAAGGUGGCGGGAGAGCUGAGGAGCAGGGUGGCAAGGGGACACCCGGCUGCCACAGUCGCUGCCUCACACCUGGGCACCCAAAGAGCCGGGCAGGGGACAGGGGGGACGCGGGAGCAAAGGGCAGGCCCAGGCGUGCGGACAGCAUCGGACGCCCGCUUGGCGUGAGGGGCCGGGCAGGAGUGCGGCGGCAAGGGGAAGCACGGCCGGAGGGAGUCAGCAUCUUGUGCGGGUGAGACAGCGCCGGGUCGGGGAGAGCACAGCACCGGCCGCCGCGGGGAAGCAUGGCCCAUGUGGAGGGCAGGGAGCCGCUCGGACCCGGCAGCUGCCACAGGAAGCGCCAGUGCCAUGGCUGCCACGGCAGAACCAGGCAGAGCUGCCACCCGCGCGCCGGCUGCCCCGGCCAGCACCGGCCCGCUGUACGGCAUGGUGUCCCGGGCACGGGGACGCUUGGCACGGGAGCGGGACCAAAGGCACAGGGAGCAGCUCUGCGUCAGAGACUUGGAAGCCCCAUUGCUCCUGCUCAAGGUCUCCAGACAGAAACAACAUUCCUGCACACGCUUCCCGUAUCUGCUGCCCCGACGCCAGGCCGUGCGUGGGCUGGGAUCGCAUCCUCCAGCUGGACCCAGGACCCUUCUUGGCAAACCGCACCGCGUGCCACGGCCCUGCAGCGCUCCCGGCACUGCCGGUCCCCAGCCCCGCAUGCCUUCCCUGCCUGCCCGAAGCUCUGUGGAUAUACCUGCUCAUCUCCCUGCCUGUUCCUGCCAGACCCUGCCUGUCCCUUGCCUCACCUGGGGAACUCCCCACCCCCUCGACACCAGCUUCUUGCGAAUCCUUCGCUCCUGUUUCCCCAGGCAGGAGGCGGUGUCCUGGCCCCCAGCCCCGCUGCCUCCCCAGCCCCAGCGCUGCUGCUCUCCACAGCCUCUUGUCUGGACAAGGAUGACGCAGCUGGUGUCAGCCGGGCGGAUCACCUCCACCCUGCAGGCACUGAAACCAGCACUGCAGUUUCAUCACUCGGCAGCACCGAUCCCAGCUGCAAACCGCACAUGACGGAUCCCCCCGGCCGUCACACCGGCUCCAGGCACCCAGGGAUGCUGGAGCAGGAAUCUCCCACCCAGUGCUCUGCUCUUCUGGGCACCGGGGCCGGCGGCAGGCACGGUGGCACAGCCUGUGCCGAGGCAGCCGGGCAGCAUCCCUGGCGGACAUGGCCCUGCCGAUGCCGGGAGGGGGCCCAGUGCCUUGCAGACCCCUGUGUGGAGCCCUUGCUACACAGCGCAACCCCAGCACCAUGGGAUGGAGAGGAAACCAUGCUCCUGUCUGCUGGGAAGCCCUCAAGGUGGGAAAUCCAGGAAGGGUUUGAAGAAACGAGUCAGCCUCUGGCAGAGGCAUCCAAAAUUGCCUUUGUAUUCAAUUGGAGGGAAAACAGCCCAGACCGUCCCAUCUGCCGGAGAGCAUGGUGGAGAGCCCGGCAGCCCCAGGGCUGUAGGAAAUGGGUGCGAGAGCUCCAAACGCCGUGGGGUUCUUGUUGUGUUUCAUGACUUGCUUUGCUGUAAACUCAUUCCCAUCCCUUCAACCUUGUCCCGUCUCAGCCUUUGCCUCUGGCUUUGACCAACUUUUGUUCUACCAAGCUUUUCCCACCUGCCAGCAGCAGGAGCACAGUGCGUUCAGGCACGUGAGAGGGGCUCGGGGACCAGGUCUGCCCUGGCUCCCAUGGGCUGCACGGGACAGCACUGAGACUUUGUCACCUGUGGUGGCUUUGGGAAGGGGUGUCCACAGGCAGCCUUGCUGCUGUCAUCCCCUCAGCCACCCGGAGCCAUCCCCUCUGGGGUGACCUGCCGGAUCAGGUCCGUGGAUGCCGUCUCCCGCGCCCCACAGGGGUGAGGCAGGGGCCGGGAGGGGAGUGGGGCAGGUCAGGGCUGGAGCCGCAGACUCCUCGAGGCACAGCUGCUGUGCCGGACCGUCAGCCAGCACAGCACAGCAUGGGUGGGCAGCGCUUUGUUCCCCGACAGUGAGACGGGCACAGCAGCUGCCUGCUAAAAUGGGAAGAGGCAGCAAUUGUGACAAUGACGGCGAACCUGCCUGCCUGUCCGGCACGCGAAGGGGACAAUGCGGCGCCAGGAACCUGCCGGCUGUCAGUGAUGAAACGGCUCAGGAAUAAGAAGCGGGGGUUUGUAGAAGGUGAAAUAUGGGCAAAACUCGUUGUAUUUAAUUGUAAACUACAAGAAGCAGAAGGAAGAGUGGUAGAUGCAACAUGCUCGGAUUUCAGUAAAACAUUUGACAACUGUU